UCCCGGAACUGAAUAUAGAGACACAGCUCUACUUUGCGUUCCCCGGACGCAGUUAGAUGUUGUACCGGACCUGGUUACCAUGGUAACGGGAGUCGCGGUUUGUCUCCAAACGGAGUGAAGAGGUUCUAGAGCCUAUCUCAUCUCCAGUCAUGAGGGCAUCCUCAAAGGGACUUCUCACCCAGAUUUCUCAGUUCUGGAAUAUGCUGGAUGAUUUGGCUGAAAAUGAUCCUGAGCGCUACAGGAACUUCAUCGAGCAGGAGCUGAAGGACGGAAAACAGCUGUGUGUCGACCCAGAACCACAGCUCUGCCUACAAACCAAGAUCCUAAAACCAAAAGAAAAAGUACUCUUUAUCAACCUGUGUCAAUGGAAAAGGAUCCCGGCUCCCCAGUCAGCCAAUCAUCCUGUGUCUAUAAGUGUUGGCAGACCAGAGGAUUUCUCUGAGGCAUCAGGUUCAUAUACAGUCAUUGAUGUUGCCUACAAUCCUGAUGUUCUGCAAGCAGCAGAAAAAGACCAAGGGAUCAAAGAUCAGUUAAUAAAAAUGGCCAUGCAUUGCAUUGAGGAGCGACUCCAGUUCACACUUGCACGUUCAUACCGUGUCACUAGUUUUAGCAUAAAAGGAAACAUUCAGAGAACCAAGGAAAAUCUGACGGGCAUUAAAACUGACUUCACAGGCUUCAAAGAGAUAAUGAGAACAGAAAAUACUCUUGAAAUGAUGAGAGGCAGUACUGUGAGUGAACCAAAUCACCUUCCUCAGGUGCUACUGAACAAAAAACAAGCAUCAGGCAAAGGACGGUGUCUCAUAGAGGAGAUUUCUAGUUCAGAAAUCCAGGUGGAGGUUAAGAAACCAGCCUAUGAAUUAAAGAUUGUGAAGGAUCAGAAUGAGAAACCUCUGAAAAUUGAACUAAAAAUCGAGUUACCUGGGAUUGACUCAGUCUCCCUCUGUGAGCUUAGUGUUUCUGAGGUUGAUUUAUUGAUUGAGGUCUCUGAGAAGUACCGAUUAUACCUGAAUCUUCCAGAAUCGAUUAAUACAGAAAUGACGACAGCAAAAUUUGUCAAAAAUAAGUCUGUAUUAUUCAUUACAAUGCCACUGGCAUAA